CGCGCAACAGACGGCUCGCUCUCACAACACCGGACCAUACAGCGCACGGGACAACUUUCACUCGCAUUGUUACGCAUGGCUCUGGCUUUGCGCAAAAGCGCGACUGUAACACCGUCUUGGAAGAGCCUGCUGGGAUUUUAAGAAAAUAAGACACAGCGAGAGCAAACUGAUUUGAGGAUUUCUUUAAGACAUUAAUCUCCUUGUGCCAAUGAUGAUCUCUACGCGCUUCACAGGAUACCCUCCUCUUGCCGUGUAAUCAUACAGCCGAAGGCUACGUGGAGGUCCGACGCUUCAUCUGAAAUUCUCAUUUCACGUAGAGAUGGAUCUGUGGGGAGUUUAUCUGUUUAAUCUCGUAACUUUAGCUCUGUUAGAGGUUAUACUGGCCGGCAGAGACUGCUUGGUGGCUGGAGACUCGUGCUCGAGCGAUGAGACUUGUAGUCCACGUCUGCGGACUUUGCGUCAGUGUGUGGCGGGCAAUGGCAGCGUGAAGCUGGGGCCCGGUGCCAGGAGCCAGUGUGCCAACGCGGUGUCCGCCCUGCUGUCGAGCCCCUUACAUGGCUGCCAGUGUAAACGGGGCAUGAAGAAGGAGAAGAACUGCUUGAGCAUCUACUGGAGCCUUCAUCAGUCCAUCAUACAUGGGCUCAACCUGGUGGAGAAUUAUCCCUAUGAGACGGUGCACAGGGAUUACGACUAUGUCCGCUUGGCAUCUAUUACAGCUGACUCAGAUGUUGGCAUGACAACUGUGAAUCGCUGCCUGGAUGCGGCCAAAGCUUGCAACGUGGACGACUUGUGCCAGAAGCUCCGCACAGAAUACGUCUCGGCUUGCAUCAAACCCACUGCCAAGUCCGGCCUGUGCAAUCGGCCCAAAUGCAACAAGGCCCUGCGCAGGUUCUUCGACCGAGUCCCCGCCGACUACACUCACGAGCUGCUCUUCUGCCCCUGUACGGACACGGCAUGCGCAGAGCGUCGCAGGCAGACGAUUGUACCCGGUUGCUCUUAUGAAAGCGUGGAAAAACCCAACUGCAUUACACAGAUGAGGAUCUGCAACGCCGACUAUGUGUGCAGGUCUCGCCUGGCACAGUUCCAGUUCGACUGCGAACCCUCCGAAACGUCUGCCAAUAGCUGCAAGCAAGGGAACUAUGGAGCCUGUCUGCUCGCCUACACAGGGCUCAUAGGAAGCACAAUAACUCCCAACUAUGUCGACAACUCAACGUCCAGCGUGGCUCCGUGGUGCUCCUGCUUGGCCAGUGGGAGCCGGAGAGAAGACUGUGAUACUUUCCUGGGACACUUCAACGACAACAUCUGUCUCCGGAAUGCUCUUCUGGCGUUUGGAAGUGAAUCAGACCAGCAGCCAACUGUCAGCCAGUCCAGUACACCCAGCUCCAGCCACAGCAGCAGAGAAAACAGGAGCACCGCAUCUCCACCAGACACCAUAGAAACUAUGAGGAACAUUCUGGAUGCAAUAAUACCAACACAGGCCCUGGGAAAUGAAUUACUAGUGGGCCAGUCCACCCUGUCAUCCAACAGCCUCUCAAACUCUGCUUCACCUACCAGCUCAUUGCUUCAAGCUGCCUUCAGCCUUCUGUUGCUGCUCCUUCAUCUGCUCAACAAUGGACACUAAAGACUGCAGGGGAGCGUGCUGAGGACCUUCCUAGUACCAAGCAGAUGGGAGGACCAGUCGGUUCAGAGGGAAAAUCGGACCGUGCGGCGUUACUGCUCCAACUAAACAUGUACAGCAAUUCUGUUUCUCUAUUUUUGUGUCCCAAGUGGUCCAGUUCCACCUGCCAGUGUUCUCACUCAGACUAUGGGAGACCUCUGCAGACCGAGGUCAGUCUGUACAUUUGUACAUUGUCGAUCAAAUCAAGCCGAAAUUAAGUCAGAGUGUCGCUUUUGUGGAAUAACGCAGCUCUAAGCUAUCCAACUAUAUCCAUUUUCAAGAGUUAUUAUGAAAAUAUACUGCAGAUAUGUAUGAUACAACAAGACAUGAAGUUUGUCAGUAACCUUGAAGAUUUGUACUGUCAACAGAAGCUCGUAUUUGAAAUGGUGUUAGGGAAAUUGCUCGGAGUAAACCAGUGAACUGUGUGUCUUCUCUGUUCUCAGCACACACAAUUAUUGGAAAGCUCCUUGAGUAUAUGGGCUUCAAUGCCACUCUCUUCAAGUGACCGAAAGAGAAACAUUAUUUCUGAUGAAGACAGGAAUUAUGAAGAGACAGAAUGGACAGAAUAGAGCUCCUUUUGCUCAGACAUCCAGGACAAAUACUAUGAUUCUUACGUGUCCAGCAGCACUAUCUAGAAAUCAUGUGGCAAUCAGAGUACACAUGAUAAACCUCAACAUUAUUUGUCCUCUCCAUCAAGACUGUUGACCUUUGUCAAACUCUGUCACACCACUUUAUCGGUUAUUGCUAAAGCUACAGUAGGCAUUCAUAUAAAUAGUCCUGGAUCUCUUAUCAGCAAAUACGAGCUCUUGGACUGGAAAGGAAAUAAUCAGAAAAGCAGUAACUUUCUUACCUGUAGCUGCUGUACUAUGUGUUUGUGAGCGUAAUACUCUUUUAUUUCUCACUGUGUCCGUGAACAUUGCUGCGGGGGCUCUGAGUGUUUGUGCCAGAGAGGGAAGUGAAUGAUUUGACUUGUUUAGCGACGCCAACUCCAGUACGGAGCCCGUUUGAAACGAGACAGUUAUGAAUGAUUCAAUAUUUUCUGUUGUUGGAAUGUGCCAGUGAAUUCUGAACAGGACCAGAGGUGCUGCAAAUAAAAGUUCUCAGAUCAUUAUGUUUACACAUUAGCAUCAUUCAAUCUCUUUUCUUAAAAAAUACUUUGUUUGGUGCGGAUGAAGUACAUCGUCUGAGGAGACGGAAGCAACACAACCGCAAUACAUGUUUACCUAAACUAACACUCGCAUGACUUCAGCAGUAGCCUGUAGUGCGUUAUUUUAAAUGAGAAUAUAACUGGAUUUACAGCACAAUCCAGCCACUUAUGACUGAAGAUCUUCUCUCAAACUGAUCUGUCUCACUAAAAACUCAUCAACCGCUUCACUUCAGAACUACUGAACUUAUAUCUUGCUUUUCUGGACCUCAAAUUAAAUUGUUUAAGGCCAAUAGAAACAAAUUUAGACCCUUAAAGCCGUACAGCAUAAUACCUUACGAAUAACGUGUGUGAUCGCAUUUUAAUUUAUCCCUUAUUUGACAACUUCCACUAUUUGUAUCAUUACUUACUCUGCAGCACAGGCAGGCAGCAAAAACUAUACUGGAAUUAUGGACAGGAGUAGCACCACGACUGUCAGUUUCACUUGUUUCUACUUCCAUCCAGAAGGUAAAAUGGUGACUUAAAGUGGCUAAUUUCUGCUGACAAUAACCUUUAACCCUCCAAUGUUUCAUUGUUUGCAUUUUGCCUUUUGUUUGCUGGAAACAAACAAUUAACGGCACUCUAGUCUGGAUAAUUAAAGCCUGAUUGUAACACAGGAUGAUGUAAUUAUCCUCUUGUUAGUGUUGUUAAAUGUCAGGUAGAAAACAACCUUGACACUUGACAGCUGACACACAGUCAAGGAUCAUGACUGUGUGUCAGCUGGGAAAAGAAAGAAAUACUGCAAGCAAACCAAUGAACUAUUGUAAAAAUGAAAAUUGAAAGACAAACCUUUUUUGUAAAAAACAACAUAGGCUUAAGGGACACUGCAAGUGACAAUGUAAACUUUUUACUGCAUCCCUUUACAGUUUUGAUGUAUCAUAAACAUAAUACAAUCCGUGUGUUGAGCUAAAUGCUAACAUCAGCAUGACGUUAUCCAUGUUCAUAUUCUUAGUUUAACAUUUCCUAAUUAGCUAAAGAAAAAUGAACGUCUGCUACAUUAUAGCCCUUGCCAAACAGGUUUAAAACACGUAGCUGAAAUCAAGCAGUCUGAUUGGUUCACAGCCGAUAUAAUACCCACAUACCACGGCUAAGACAUCUAAUUCCUUUGCGCUUUCACAGCUGUUUGACUUAUUCACAGAUCACAACAUUCCAUGACCUAUUUAUUUGCCGUCCCUAUGCAUAUUUAUAACACAAUAUGUAGAAUUUGAAUACUUUGCACUAAAAUGUCAAGAUGAGGACCUACAUCCAUUAAAAACAAAACUAAAUACUCAUUAAAAUUAAUUUUCAGCGGUAAUAAUGUCAUUUGGGGGUUUAGUUACUCUGUAUCAAAACAAAAACUUCUCAUAAUUAUAUAGGCAUGAGCCAGAAAAUUAUUGGCUUUUUUGUUUGGGUUCCACAAUGGAAACGACUGCUGCCUUAUUUUUGCCCGGGUAGCUAGCAUCACUAAAAA